UCGACCCUUCUCUUCCUCCUUGCUGCCCACCUUAUCCUACGCACCACUCCAUUCCCUUGUCUUCCACCAUACUCCUUUUAGGGCUAUUGAGGAACUUCUCUUUCUCCUUCUGCCCUCCUUCUGCCGAUCUCUUCCUUCAUGACUUUCCAGAGAAUUAGGGUUUCUUCGCCCACGGUUACCCUCGCAUUGUAGUUGCGUCACACCCCAUGGAUCACAGAAGGCAAUCCAAGGACUCGCUCUCUUACUCCAGUCUUUUCAAUCUCGAGUCUUUGAUGAAUUUUCAACUUCCACAACAAGAUGAUGAUUUUGAUUAUUAUGGGAAUAGUAGUCAGGAUGAGAGCAGAGAUAGCCAAGGUGGGGCAAUCGCAAAUUACAGCAAUGGGAGUACGCGUGGAAGGGAGGUAAAUUUGUUAAAGAAGAGGAAGUGGUCUCAAAAUAGUGACGGCGAAGACAAGGGUAUUUUUGUGGAACACACAUGACUGAGGAGCGAUACC